UCUAAAGAAUAUGUUUCAGAAAUCCAUUUCUCCUUUCCUUAGGUUUCUUUUCUUAUUUAGUGCAUUGCAGCCAUUGUACGGACGGCCAACAACACUCGCCACCGCAAAAACCCGCAAUUUAUUCAGUUUCAGUCCGGCAACUGCUUUUCAAGUUGCAGUCAUAUUUUGCAAAGAGACUCUGUAUAGCAGCUCAUUCACCGACUUUCCUGGAAUUUUAUGGUUUUAGUCUAGAUUAGCGUGGCCUGAGUGUUUUCCUUAAUGUACUAAGGCAGGAGAACUUGUUAAGACAUACUUGGUUUGUAUUGGAAUAAGGAUGAGCAGAUCUAGCCGGCACAAAGAAAAGCAUGGAAAAAGCAGCGAGAUUAGCACGGAUUACUAUAAUGAUGGAACUGCUGCCAGGACGAGGCCUUUAAGUUUUGAUGAGAUUAUGUUAAAAAGAAAAGACAAAAAGAAACUGUUUGAUAGUGAGAACAAGGGAUUUGCAGAAGGCAUGUCAGAAGAUGGAACUACUGAAAAAGUUUCAGAAAGGGGUAAUGGACGAAGUAAAGAUGAGCAUAUGAAAAUAAUUUCAGAAAGGAGUAAUAGGCGAAGCAAAGAUGAGAAUACAGAAGGAGUUUCAGAAAGGGGUGAUAGACGAAGCAAAGAUGAGAGUACAGAAAAAGUUUCAGAAAUGGGUGAUAGACGAAGCAAAGAUGAGAGUACAAAAAAAGUUUCAGAAAGGGGUGAUAGACGAAGCAAAGAUGAGCACUUGGAAAUAGUUUCAGAAAGGGGUAGUAGACGAACCAAAGAUGAGAAGGCAGAAAAAGUUUCAGAAAGAAUUGAUAGACGAAGCAAAGGUGAGAAUACUGAAAAAGUUUCAGAAAGGGGUAAUAGGCGAAGCAAAGAUGAGAAUACGGAAAAAAUGUCAGAAAGGGGUAACAGAAGAAGCAAAGAUGAGAAUACUGAAAAGGUUUCAGAAAGGGGUAAUAGAAGAAACAGAAAUGGGAAUACAGAAAAUGCUUCAGAAAGGGGUAAUAAACGAAGCAAAGAUGAAAAUACCGAAAAAGUUCCAGAAAGGGGUAAUGCACGAAGCAAAUAUUCUUCAUAUGUUGUCCGAGAGCAUUUGUUGGAGAGAGAUGCAAAGGCCAUUUCCAAAGAGAAAGAGGAGAAGACUUCCAUGAAGGAUGAAUAUAUAACUAAAAGCAAAGAUAGGGAAAUUCAGGAUUCAGAAGUCAAAUUGAAGUCCGAAGUGCACAGAGAUCUGAAACCUAAAGGCAGGGCUGGCGAAGAAAUAUAUGACAGGAGAAAAAGUGAUGAACAGCGUAGCAAUAAUGUUAAAAAUGAAGAUUUAAAGAAGCAUCCAAGACAUUUAACAGAAAGGGUUAGACAUGAGGAUGGAAGCAGAGGAGUCUCUGAAAGAGAAGACAAGAGUAAAUAUCGAAAAGGAGUUGAUGAGAAAAAUAAAGAUAGGCUUCCCACAAGGAAACAUGAUCUAGGAAAAGGCCAUGACUCAGAAAAUUUAGACAAAAAGGAAAAAGAUGAAUUAUCAAAAUCUCAUUAUGAAGAAAUAAAGCUGAAAAGCAGACGGUCAAGGAGCCGAGAGCGUGAGGACAGAAAGAGAAGAUCUAUUUCGCCCUUGCCAAGGUCACGAAAACAUGCUUCUUAUCAUGAUAGGGAGCAUGGGGAGCCAUCCUUGCAUUUCCUGAAAGGGAAAUCUGGACAGCAGCAUUCUGACAUUGACAGGAAUAAGAUUACUAAUAAUGGUUCAACUGGCCAUUAUAAGAGACAUGGUGGCUCCGCAAGUCGUCUUGGUGGCUAUUCACCCAGAAAGAGAAGAAGUGAGGCUGCUGCAAGGACACCGUCCCCAACUAAACACUCACCAGAGAAGAAAAAGGCUAAAUGGGACCUUGCACCAGAAGGCGCAGACAGCACCUUUUCUGUGUCAGUCCCUCCUAUAUUUAAAUUGUCAAAUCAAAUUGCAUCCUUAAAUGCUCGUGCAACAGUCAGUGCAGUGCCUGUUGCUUCAAUCCCAGUCAAGCCUCUUUCAGGGGUUUCAUCCAAUAUAUUAUUGACCAAUAAGAAUGACACCAUUGACUCUGUUCAGCUAACACAAGCUACCCGUCCAAUGAGGAGGCUUUAUGUGGAAAAUAUACCGGCUGAAGCCUCUGAGAAAGCUGUAUUGGAGCGUCUUAAUAAUCUUUUAAUUUCUUCUGGUGUCAACCAUAUACAAGGAACCCAGCCAUGUAUUAGCUGCAUUAUACACAAAGAAAAGGGCCAAGCUCUUGUGGAAUUUCUUACACCUGAGGAUGCUUCAGCAGCUCUUUCUUUUGACGGCAGUUACUUCUCUGGUUCCACAAUCAAAAUCAGGCGUCCCAAAGACUUUGUUGAAAUGGCAACUGGUGAACCGGGGAAAUCAGUGGCUACAGUCAAUGCAAUAAGAAAUACUGUGAAGGAUUCACCACAGAAGAUCUUCAUUGGUGGCAUUUCAAAGGCUCUUUCUUCUGAAAUGAUUAUGGAGAUUGCAAGCACUUUUGGACCUUUGAAGGCAUACCAUUUUGAAAACAUUGAUGAUGUUAAUGGGCCAUGUGCUUUUGUAGAGUAUGCAGACCAAUCAGUUACUUUCAGAGCUUGUGCGGGUCUAAAUGGUAUGAAGUUAGGAGGGCAGGUCAUAAGUGCUGUUCAAGUUAUUCCUAAUGCAUCGACCUUGGAGAUUGAUGGAAAGCAACCAUUUUAUGGGGUUCCUGAGCAGGCAAAGCCACUUCUUGAUAAGCCUACACAAGUUUUAAAGCUUAAAAAUCUGUUUGAUCCAGAGACCUUACCAUCACUGUCUCGUAUAGAAAUUGAGGAAGUACUGGAAGAUGUACGACUAGAGUGUGCAAGAUUUGGCACUGUUAAAUCUGUCAAUGUAGUUCGGAAUGGUCCAAUUCCCAUCUUUACUUCAGAAGCAUGUAAAAUGAAUGAGGAUAUGGAUUCUGCUGGCCCUCAGCAAAACUUAGGGGGCGAUGAAACAAAUGCUGAAACAGAGAAAACCAUAGGAGAUAUUCACCACGAACCUGUGGAAGCAAAUGAUACUGAUGAUGAUAAACCUGUGGAAGGCAAUGGUGUUGAGGAUGAUAAACCUGCAGAUGAUCUUAUGGAGGAUGAGUCAUCUCAACUGGGUCAGUUUGAUAGCAAUAUGGCUGUUGAAAACCUUUCUGGCGAUGGUGUACCAGAACCUCAGGAGCCCAUUCCCAUUCAGCAGACCUCAAAAGAUGAAUCAGACUGCCUUCAUGGCAAGGUCACUGAUGAUGUUCAGAUGAAGGAUACAAUUGCGGAACACAAAUUGCCUAUCCAACAAGAAUUGAAGGAAUCUUUUACGAAUGAUCAUGCAGUAGAAUCAGAUGCAACUGGGAAGGGAGACCACGAGGAACAUAAUUGUGAUCUUAGCUACAUUUUUUAUCCGAGCUGUGUUUUUGUAGAAUUUGGAAGAACGGAAGCUUCAUGUAUAGCUGCCCAUUGUUUGCAUGGACGUUUAUAUGAUGGCCGCACUGUGACAGUGGGAUACAUACCUCUCGACGUCUACCGGUCCAGGUUUCCAAAAUGAAUAUGUUGACUAUGAAACUAGUUGAUUACAGCACGUAUGCCGAAAGAGAAGUUAAAAGAGAAAGACAAGGUCUGCUGUCCCUGCAUGGCAGUACGACUCAUUUCAAUUGCUAGAGUAUGAACAUUGCGCAUAUCACCUACCUUUUGCCUAACAUGUAGGAAACGAUUAGGUUCCAAGCUGUUUGUAAAAUGCUAAAAACCUAACUGAAUGACUGGAGCUGAUCUGGUCAGGGGGACCAAGCUGAUCUGAACCAGUGAAAUGUACCAAUUUGAGUUGCUAAGGGCCCCUCUUUUGAUACAUAAAAGUGAAAUAUACCAUUCUAGUUACUAUA